UGGGUGCAAAGAGUGUGGUGAAAACAGAGCAGGAGGAGAAAGAGAUCAAGUCCAGCCCACUCCUGUUCAGCGUGUGACCUGCUUGUCUGUCUCGACUCUGUUUCACUCCCCACAUGCUGCACAAUACUAACCACCUUCAGCCUUCAUUACUGCGGCACCAUAGGGCUUUGGAAAGUAGAGUCUGGAAAUCAGAGUUGCGCUCUUCUGCCCUCUGGUGGGGUAAAUAGUGUUGGGACGCUACAUAAUGCCACUGGAAAACAAGGAAUAAUUUACAAACGGACAAAACAUAAAUGGACAAACAUAGAACAAAAAUAGCUCUUUGUCCUUGAGCAACUUCUGCACGAUGCCCAGCCAAAGGACUUUUAAACAGUAAUCCAGCACUGAAAGCCCAGUGAGGAAGAUUUAGCCUAUCAAAAAAAAAAAAAAUGAAUUGGCCCUUCAACAUUUAUGCUGAUUACCAUAACAAUAGUGUCAUUCGAUACCACUAUAAUUACACAGGGAAACUGAAACAGGACAGAUAUAAGGAUGGGCUCAAACCAGAAGCUAUCGCAUUUGUUCUUAUUUGCCUGCUUAUUGUUGUGGAAAACACAAUUGUAUUGGUGGCCAUCUGGAAGAACAAGAAGUUCCACCUGCCCAUGUAUUACUUACUAGGCAACCUGACUCUGUCGGAUCUGCUGGCCGGAUUCACAUACAUGGUCAAUAUUAUCAUGUCAGGGCGCAACACUCUUAAUUUGACCCCUCUGCUGUGGUUUCUGAGGGAGGGUGGAGUCUUCAUCACACUCGCCGCAUCAGUCAUCAGCCUGUUGGCCAUAGCCAUUGAGCGUCACAUCACUAUGGUGAAGAUGAAGCCCUAUCAUGGCACCAAGCGCAAACGCAUGUUUGCCUUGAUUGGUGCCAGCUGGGCGCUGGCCGUGUUGCUCGGUGUGCUGCCCAUCAUAGGCUGGAACUGCAUGGGGGAACUACAACUGUGCUCCACCGUGCUUCCACUCUAUGCCAAGAGCUACGUCCUGUUCUGCGUCACUGUCUUCAUUUUUAUCCUGCUGGCCAUUGUCGUGCUAUACGGGCACAUCUUUCACACAGUCAAGAGAAAUACGAAGAGGUUGGGCAGCCUACGGCGCAAGGGCUUGGCACGCCGCUCACAGCAGUACAUGGCCCUGCUAAAGACGGUUACCAUUGUCCUGGGAGCCUUCAUUGCCUGUUGGCUGCCGCUCUUCCUGCUCUUACUGCUGGACUUUGUAUACCAAACUGGAACCUGCUGCAUCUUGUUCAAGGCGGACUACUUUCUGGGGGUGGCCAUGAUCAAUUCGCUGAUCAACCCAAUUAUAUACACACUGACAAGCAAGGACAUGCGCAAGGCCAUUAUUAAGCUUCUCUGUCGUCGCUGUUUGAUCAACGAAGAUGGUCAGGUAAAGAAGAUCGGAAUACCCUUCCUGGAGUGCAGCUUAAGCAAAGCUGAGACAGCCAUUCACCGUGGCCUUGAGACCACCAUCUCCUCUGGGAAUGGCACAUCCUCCCCAAUUCGAAUCAUCUCCCCAAAAAUUAAAGCUGUCAAACUGUAAAGACUGAUUGUAUCACCAGGUGCUGGAACAUGGUGCAAUUCCACCGGAGAUUGCCCGAAGCUACUAGCACCCUUUGAGAAUUAAACAAACACUUGAGAGUUCUUGGGACAAGCAGUCACAGGUAAAACGGGAGCUCUGAUGAGUUUCCUGCUCAAGUCUUUUGACAGAAGUUAAAAGGCAAACAGCGUGAGAAACUGCACUGUCAGCAUCCCUUCAAUACAAAAAGUCGGAGCAUGCCCAAGUUCACACAUAUAAAGUGUAUCCCCUAUGGGACUGUAAAUGAAAUUUGGCAUUAGAUCUAUGGAGGCUUGGAUUGAAAAAGGUGCUUAAAUUGUGAAUCAGGUACGCUUAGACAUCAAAAUCAUGACAACCACAGCCUAGAGGUAAUAACACCUGAAGAUGGCACCUAAUGGGGGGCCAGAUUACUGUAAUGGACAUCUCAAAAUCGGACUGUUAUACAAACACUGGCUUUAAACCCGUAUCACUGUUUAGAAAGUUCAGAUGACUUGAGUCACAAGAGUUACAGUAUGCAGAGAGGUGAAUAAGCAGGUAGGCAGUAGGCGGUGUGUGAAUUAUGGGUUAAGUCCUGUGACAAAGCCAGAUGCAGGAACCUCCGCGGAAAAUCUAGGUUUAUUAAAAAAAAAAAAACUAUGGGAAUUUCUGAAGGUAGACGGAGGCCUCCUUUUGCAAGCACUUGUAAAUAACCUUGCCUAACAAUAUUACUUUUUUACAUUUUUAAGUUAUUACAUUAUUUUGCAAGGUCCAGAAUUUCACUCAUUAGAGAACUUUCAGUCCUGUAGACUCUACAGUCGGCUAAAUGGACUUUGCAGCCAGAUCAACCUGGAGAAUGGUAAUCCAGGCUUUUUCAUUUCUCAAAUAAAACCAUAAAGCCUAGGUAAGCUAGCAUUCAAAUCCACAAAGCAUUCAAAGCAUGCACUGUUCCAUGCUUAAAGGAAAUUUGCCACAUCUUUAUAAUUCAUGCACAUGUAAAUAUUCCUCUUACUGCCGAUUAUCAAAAUGGCAGCGUUGUGUGUGGAAUGUAUUUCAUAUUCCAUACAAGAUGUAAGUCACUGUGUACAGUUUUCUUGUCAUUACAAUGCAUUUUCUAUUGUCCUUAUAAUUGUACAGAAUGUUUCUAUUUUUUAUGUGAUCUUAAAUUAUGUGCCUCUCUGCAUUGUGCCUAAAAUAAUAAAUUUCAUUUGACCAGAA